GCCUAAACAAAUUUCUGAAAAAAAAACUUUGUACCGACGGGUCAUUGUUACGUCAUCAAAAUUCAAAUGAUGGACUUUCUUUAUUGUACUUCUGCCUAAGUGCAUUUUUUCACGGGCCUUAUCAUCUAGUAACCCAUUAUUAGUAUCCUGAUCCACUUUGGCUUUAACUGUUAGCAGACUUCGCAUUGUUAGGGCCAGGUAACAGGUCUUCAGAAAGUACCAAUUAAAAGCAAAAUAUGUCAAAGUAAUAAAUUGGGCUUAAUUUAUUUAGAUGUGCACGCGCCUAAAAACAGAAGACUCUCUGGUCAGAAUAGAAUAUACAGCUAAUUUGAUGCUACGAACUCAGCUAUUCAAAGCUCAGUUUGAAGUGGACAGGAAGCGUGAUUGCUUCACAUAUUUAGAUGACGAUCUUCCUAUAAGUCAUACCUUGUUUCCUAUCAUAACUAAAGCUGUAAAAACCGGAAGCAGAGCAGAACGCGUUUACCUGUCCCAUUCAGAUGUGGAUUACAUUUACGAAAUUGGGCCACUGAAAGUAUAUAGCGUUAUUGAUUCCUUGCGAAGAAAGAAGUUUACUUAUAAAAGAACAGAUCAUGCAGGUUUUUAUCAGAUUAUAGACAAACAUGGAUGUGUGUUGUAUCCAAAGGUAAUGCAGGUAAAACUAGCUCCAAUGCUUGGAUCAACCGCGCCAGAAUUCGAUAGUACAUUUAAACAGAUUGCAAUGGAGGAAAAGACGAAAGCAGCAUUGCCACAAGGUCAAAAGAAGGAAGAUACCGUUAUUGCAAUGGUUAUUGGCGGAUGGCCACAUGAAAUUUGGAAACAGUUUGCUGGUAGAAACCAUCUUUGGUGUGAAGACAUCUUCGCAGAAAUAAAAAAAUGUAAACUUUACUUGGUCCCCAAAGCUCAUCCCAAAAGUAAACAUCCCAGCGUGGAAUGGAGAAUUUCGUUUUCCGCACCAGAACAAGUUCUUAUGCUUCAUUUAAAUGACGUACAUCGCAAGGUUUACUUGCUCUGCAAAUCGCUAUGCAAUAAGUAUUUUGCUGAAGAAAUUCAAAGUUAUGCUUUGAAAACAACCUUACUAUGGCGACUAGAUGAAGAAAGUGAGGAGGGGUUAAACGCAAGCGAAUAUAAGUUAUACUAUCUCAUGAAAGGCGUGUUUAAAAAGCUCUUAGAAUUUUACGAGAGAAAGUUUUUACCAAAUUAUUUCUUACCUGACUCGAAUAUAUUAUGUGACGUGGAAGAUAAAGUCAUGGAGACAACGGCUUUAAAGAUUAAUGAAUUCAUCAACAACUUAAACAAAAUUAUUAUAAAAUAUUUCAAACCUUUUGAACUUUUAAAUGAAGAUUUGCUAAACCUUAUUGGCAUGCCAAUAAGGGCUAAUUUGCAAAGCUCCUGGUGGUUAUACUCUCAUAAUAUUACAGAGAAUAUCGCUAAUAAAGAUUUUGAAAUAUCAAUGUUUAAUAAUGAGCAGCUAAAUGAUGAUUAUUGUCAUUGUUUGGUUACUUAUGAGCUGUAUAAUAUCCUGUUGUUUUUCUGUCGUUGUGUCAGGGAAGGUGGCAAAUUCAUGCAGACUCCAGUCGCAGAAAAGCAAAAGGUUAUCAAACAUAUCUUGGCACUGUUGAGUGAAUUCUUAAAGGAUACCUCAGUUGGCAACGUGUUGUUUUUUGACGAUGAUCUGAUUAUAAAUUUUGUCAAUUUUUUUCACGCUUUAGACAAAUUAAAGGAAGCGGUAAAAAUUAUACCUAUUACAAGCGAUGUAAACAAGAACAUGUGUUGGUCAGCAAAUUUUUUGGAUGGUUUUUCACCUGAACCUUGUGAAGUAUCCCUAUUAGAGACGAGCCAGGAAAACGAGAGUUACAAUGAUUUUGUCAUUAGACAACGGAGGAAAAUAAUUAACUACUUACUUUGUGCAUAUGAAGUAAAUAGGUUCCAUUCGGAUUUUUUGCCAGUUGUGGUUUAUUUUAAAGAGACAUGUGGUAACGCAAUCACUAGUUACAAUAAUCACUUCGUGUGGAUACGACACUUUCUUAAAGAUUGCAGGGAGAAUUUUUCGGCAUUUAACAUUGAUUUUCCUUUUACUCCAUUAACCGUGAUACUUUUAUAUACGCAAAUAAGUGAAGAAUCUAAAAAGAAUUUGUUAUUUAGCAGUAAUGAAAUGUUUUUAUUACCAGCUGCUGAUGGAUCACUUAAACUGUUUCUAAAAAAUUGCUAACUAGCCAUUGAACAAAAAAUUAGAAAUCGUGAAUGAUUUCCCUCCUUUAAAUGGCGGUUAAAUGAAGUGGGUGAGCAUUCUGAAAUCUCGAGGAAACUUUUUUCAACAAAUGAUAUGAAAUACGUGGUGUUUCUUAUUCGUGUAACCGACUUAAACACGACGCCUGGUAUACGAUAUAGUUACUCCACUAAUGAUUCUAUUUGAACUAAAUGACUGGUUGUUUGUUUUCCUGGCCUAAAUAACCAGAGAAAUCUAUAUUUUCAAAAUUCGUAAUUUGCUAUGAACUUUUACAACUUGUAUUUACAAUUUUUUUGUUCUAUAAUUUCUAAUGAUAUAGAAAUAGUAAUAAUAGAUAAAUAAUUAACACCCUUUCACUCUCUUCCCUAAGACAAA